AUGCCCGGCAGACAAUCCCACGGGCGGUCGCUGCUGGCCUCGAAACCGGCGCCGAAGAACUUGCGCAAGUCGAAAGCCAAGGCCCAGGCCAAGGCUCUCGACGCCUUCACCAUUGCCUCUGAGCAGUACCCGACUAGGGAAAAACGCACACCGCGGUUUCGCGAAAUCGUGGCAGCACCAGAUACUGGGAAGAAGCACAGCCGAGAGAACGAGGACGAGGAUGAAGACGAAGACGAUGACGACGAAGAGCAGCCUAGGCGAAAGAAGGUAAAGCCCUCUGCUGGUGGUGCUGGUGGCGACGACUCGGAUGAGUACGGCAGCGACAGUGAGGGGAACGAGUGGCAUUAUGGUGUGAAUGAGGAUGAGGAUUCGGAGCUCGACAGUGACGAGGCAUUCGGAGAGAGCGACGAAGAGGACUUCCAGAGUCAUUCCUUUAGAGGCAGCAAAACUGCCAGGAAGGGAAGCCAGGAUGAUUCGGAAGAGGAGGACGAUGACGACGAUGAAUCCCUUGGCGAGGAUGCGAUAGACCUGGCGCAAGCCCUCGACGAAUACGAGUCCGACGAGUCCAUGGCCGAUCAAGAUGGGGAGGACUCGGACGGCUCCGACGAGUCUGAUUCGGAGGCCGAGAGCCCGCCAUCUUCAGACGAAGACGACGACGAAGACCAGGAAGCCGAUCCAUCGAAACUCGGCGACCUCCAAAAAUUCAUCGCCGGUUUCGGCGGCGAAGACGACAAGGACACGGCUCCGACGAAGCAGAAGCAGAAGAUCAACCUCAAGGACCUCGGGCUGUCGGGUGUCAAGGAUGCGCAGAUGCGCAAGUCGGUCAAGCUCAUGGCGAAGGAGGAGAAGGAGACGUCGCGGCCGGGCGCAGGCAAGAAGCUCGAGGUGCCUCUGUCACGCCGGCAGCAGGACAAGCUGCAGCGAGCGGCGGCGUACGACAAGGCCAACGAGACGCUCACCCGCUGGCAGGAGACGGUCAAGCAAAACCGCCGCGCCGAGCACCUCAUGUUCCCGCUGCCGCAGACCGCCACUGACGCGGGCCUCGACAACCACGAGCUGCAAGCCAUCACGGCCAAGAACUCGGCGUCGGAGCUCGAGCAGACGAUUCUUGGCAUCAUGGAGAAGUCUGGGCUCGCGAUGAACAAACAGGAGGAGAACAGGAUGAAGAAGGCCGAGGCGGAGGAAGGACUCUCACAGGAGGCGCUCAAGGACCUCGUUAACCAGCGCCGGCGCGAGCGGGAGCUCAAUUCGCGGGAGGCCAAGCGUGCGAAGCGCAUCAAGAAGAUCAAGUCCAAGGCGUACCACCGCGUGCACCGCAAGGAGAAGGAGCGCGAGGAGAUGAAGCUACACGAAGCCAUGGCGGAGAACGGCGAGAUAGACUCCGAGGCGGAGCGCGACGCGCAGGACCGCUCGAGGGCCCUGGAGCGCGUCGGCGCCCGGCACAGAGACUCCAAGUGGGCCAAGCUCGGCGCCGGCAACAAACGCGCCGUGUGGGACGACGACUAUCGCGCUGGCCUGCACGACAUGGCACGGCGCGAGGAGGAGCUGCGGAAGCGCAAGGAGGGCCGCGCGGGCGGCGACGACGAGGAAUCGGACCGGUUCGCCGACGAGGGCAGCGACAGCGACGGUUCGGACGAGGAGGGUGGCGAACAGCGUAAGCUGCUGAGGCAGCUCGACCGCCUCGAGCAGGAGGAUGAUGGCCCUGCGUCAAACCUGAUGAAGAUGAAGUUCAUGCAAAAGGCCGAGGCAGCGCAGAAGAAGGCCAACGACGAGCUCAUCGCGCAGAUCCGCCGGGACCUUGACUCGGACGCCGAGGAGGGCGAAUCGGACGCGGAGAUCGCCGAGGUGGGACGAAAGAAGUUCGGCAGCGCUGCGCAGCCAGCCAUCGCGGCGCCCGCCCUAUCGGCCAGGAAGCAGCAGCAGAAGAAGGUCACACGAGGCGACUCGGACGACGGCGACGCCCUCGACAACAGUGUCGUCAACACGGGCUACUCCCUGACCGCAGAGCCCUCGACGACAGGUUCAGCGUGGUCCUCGGGUCCACGCAAGAAGUCCGCCAAGACGGGCGGCAAGAGCGGCGGGCCGCGCGUUGAGGACCUAGACAACACCGUCGCCAUGACGGCGGCGACAGUGGCCUCGUCUGGCAGGUCCAAGCCCUCCAAGUCCAAGCCGUCCGCCGCCGCCACCCUCGCCGACGAGGACUCGGACGACGGCUCCGACUCUCCGGACGUCCACCUCCCCCUCGCGAUCCGCGACAUCGCAGCCAUGGACAGGGCGUUCGCGGGCGACGACGUCGUCGUCGACUUUGCGAGCGAGAAGGCCAAGGCCGAGAUUGAGGACGACGACAAGAUCGUCGACAACACCCUUCCCGGGUGGGGCGGGUGGGUUGGCGAGGGCGUCAGCGGCCGCGAGAAGAAGCGCCAGCAGGGCCGCUUCGUGACAAAGAUCGAGGGCGUCAAGAAGGCGGACCGCAAGGACGCCAAGCUGGACAAGGUCAUCAUCAGCGAGAAGCGCAUCAAGAAGAACGAUAAGUAUCUCGCCACGCAGCUCCCCCACCCCUUCGAAUCCAAGGCGCAGUAUGAGCGCUCGCUGCGCCUGCCCCUGGGCCCGGAGUGGGUCACCAAGGAAUCGCACCAGGAGGCGACGAAGCCGCGCGUUCUCAAGAAGCAGGGCAUCAUCGCGCCCAUGUUGAGGCCGACGAUUUGA